AUGUAUCUCCCCCGGCUCCUCCUCCUAACCCCCUUCCUCACCCCCUUCUCCUCCGCCCAAAGCCAAACCCUGACCAACCCCAUAAUCUGGCAAGACCACCCAGACCUAGACGUCUUCCGCAUCGGCUCCGUCUUCUACUACUCCUCAUCAACAUUCGCCUACUCACCCGGCGCACCCGUCCUGCGCUCCUACAACCUCGCAGACUGGGAGCCCGUCUCGCACAGCGUGCCCACUCUCAACUUCGGCCCCGAAUACAACCUCCCUGCUAGUGCCUCCGGCAGCAACCCCUCACGUGCCUACGUCAAAGGCAUCUGGGCGAGCACCCUCCGCUACCGCGCCUCAACCGACACCUUUUACUGGCUGGGCUGCAUCAACUCGGGGAAGACCUACGUGUGGACAGCGUCCGGUACCCAAGCGGGUCGUAAUGAUGGAGAGGUGCCGGAGGGGAAAUGGAACUGGACCGCCCGCACACCGAUUAACACCUGUUACUACGACGUGGGCAUGCUAAUCGACAACGACCCGGCCGAAACGGUCUACGUGGCCUACGGCAACCGCCAGAUCCGCGUUGCGCGGCUGAAUGUCCUGUCCAACGGCGACCUGUCCGAGGCCACGUCGCAAGUUGUAUACAACUACACCGGCAGCGGAACCGUCGAGGGUGCGCGCAUGUACAAGGUCGGCGGGCGUGGUCCGUUUGGGCCGUAUACCAUGCGCACGCUCGUGGAUCGCCCGUCGGGACCGGUGGCGAACGCCGGGUUUGCGCAUCAGGGCGGAAUUGUGGAUACGCAGGACGGCAGGUGGUACUAUGUCGCGUUUUUGGAUGCGUAUCCGGGAGGGAGGAUUCCAGUGGCGGCGCCCCUGAUCUGGGGUGCGGACGGCUGGCCGAGGGUUGAGAUGGAUGCUAGGGGCGCGUGGGGGAGGGAGUAUCCCGUGCCGGUGAAUACUAGUAAGACGGUUAAGAGUAGGAUUGGGGAGGUGAGGGAUGAGUUCAAGGGGGAGAGGUUGGGACAUGGGUGGGAGUGGAAUCAUAACCCUGACAAUGGCGCCUGGGCGAUGGCUCCUGGUGGUGGGCUGACGCUGAGGACGGCGACGGUUACGGGGGAUUUGUUUGCUGCGAGGAAUACCUUGACGCACCGCAUCCAGGGGCCCAAGUCGAGGGGGACUUUCCGGGUGGAUAUUAGCAAGAUGAGAGAUGGCGAUAGGGCUGGGGCGGUUUUGUUCAGGGAUCGCGCGGCGUAUAUCGGGAUUCACAAGACGGGAAGCUCGGCUGUCAUUGUUAUGGUCAACAACUUGAACCUCACCGUGAGCACAUGGCAGACGUCAUCCAUGGGGAGUGUGGCUGCGACUGGGCCUACAGUCUCCGGAAGGGAAGUCUGGCUGCGGAUUCAAGCCGACAUAACUCCUGCGUUUGGGACCACCCAGGAGAGAAGGACGACGUUCUCCUAUAGUCUGGAUGGAACGACCUUCACUACGCUGGGGCCGGCUUUUGCGAUGACCAACGACUGGAGGUACUUCACGGGGUACCGUUAUGGCGUCUUCAACUUUGCUACAAAGGCACUUGGAGGGGAGGUUUUGGUGAAGAGUUUUGAGAUGGAGCUUGUGAAGUAGUGAGGCGCAUUGCUACUAGU